AUAGGUACCGUCACUUCCCGAACAUUCUUUCGCCGAAACAUGAGGCGGAUGUUGAUCUGGAUGUAGACUUCAAUUUAUGCGUCGACGUGGACUAGGAAGGCCCGCGAGAAAUCCCUCCCCACUGCGACCCAUUCUCUCCUCUCUUUAAAUUUAGUGGCUGUUAUUCGUCAUUAGUUCUUGGUACCGCUUGCCCCUCUCUCUCUGUACCUUUGUCUUCCUGCUCAUCUCCUCGGCACUAUCUUUUGCAUUUCGUUCUAUUUACAGUUUACUUCGGCAAAUUAGGCGAUGAAUGACUUCUAUUCUUCUUUGCUCAUUGAAAGGAUAUUAUAGGGUCUUGGUUUUUCUAAUUCAUCUCGGAUGAGAGACACAAAAUAGUGCAUGAAGACCAAACCUUUGUCAUCCUGCUCAUCUCCUCGGCGCUAUCUUUUGCAUUUCAUUCUAUUUACAGUUUGCUUCGGCAAAUUAGGCGAGGAAUGACUUCUAUUCUUCUUUUCUCAUUGAAAGGUUUAAUUUGAUGGGUGAAAAUUUGGUCGUACCUAUGCACUCUGGAUGAGUAUCUGUUCCUGGAAGCAAUCAAAUCAUAUUCAGCUAAAACUCUGAUGGCUUAUAAGAGUAUUGGGCCUGCUAUAGCUUGUGACAAAGGACGUUACAAAGAGCAAAGUAAACUUUUGUGUUCAUACUCAAAAUUAAUACGAGGCGGAUGUUAUCAUAAAACACAAAAGAAUUUGUUGAAAAUAUUCAGGGAAGGAAGUUUUUUCAGAUUAGUACAUUCUUGUUCGCCAUACUUUGGUAGGCACUGCAAUGAAAAACUAUAUACUUGCUGCCACAACAGAGGACGAGUUGGGUCAUGCCAUCUUACAAAAACUCCAAGCAGUGAAACUAAAAUAUGUUCGAGGAAGGAUUGCUGCUCAGAUGUCGCUAGUUGUCAAAUGGAAGAUGAGAAGGAUGAAGGAUAUGGUUCUCAGUUGUGCGAGCAAGUGCUAUCUGGAAGAGUAUAUCACCCAAAUCAAGGCCUAGCUGCAGCUUGUAAAUUUGUUUAUAAUGAUGCGAAGUUUGUAAAUGAAAGGGCACGGAAUGACAUUAUUUUGCUUUCACGUGGCUUGACAAGGUUGAAUGACCGUGCUCGACAAGAUGUAGCUGUUAUUGGCCUUGGAUUUCUGAAGCUUGAUGCUCGUGCAAGAGAGGACACAGAGAAGAUUGACUACCACAUGAGGAAGAAAGCUGCUUAUUUGCGCAACGUAGCCACUAUUUUAAAGGACAAAGCUCAGUCUAAAUUGAAAAAUGCAGCAGAUAAGCACUGGAGUGAUGGGGCUCUGGAGGCUGACUUGAAGCGAGCUGACUCUGUUGCUAGACGAAGAGCCAUGGAAGAUGCAUUUAUGGCUUUGAAGUUUGUCAGGAACAUCCAUGACAUGAUGGCAAACAAACUGUACCAGCAGCCGCAGAAGGAAGGUUCCUUCUCCAUUAAUGACUUGAUGGGGUUUAUUACUCUUGAAAAGAAUGGCAAAACUCUUGAUCUCUUUGGUGGAGAAAUCUCUACUGAUCGAAUAACUGCAAUUCAGGACGCAUACUGGAGCAUGGCAUCUGCUUUGUCUGAGGCUGAUGGUAUUGAUUAUACUGAUCCAGAGGAGCUUGAGUUGGUAAUUGCGACUUUGAUUGAUCUUGAUGCAAUGGAUAGCAAAAGUAGUGUCUCAUUGUUGGCUGAGUGCUCCAGCUCCCCAGACGUUAGUACAAGGAAAGCUCUUGCUAAUGCGUUGGCCUCAGCUCCCUCGAUGUGGAUAUUGGGCAACGCUGGCAUGGGUGCAUUGCAAAGGCUGGCUGAAGACCAUAACCCUGCUGUGGCUACUGCUGCUUCAAAAGCCAUUAAUGAGCUGAAGCAGCAAUGGGAACUCGAAGAGGGAGAUAGUCUGAGAUUUAUAAUGAAUCAACAUUUUCAAGAGGAUAACACAAACGAUGUUUCAGAGGAAGACAAUUUUAAGGCAGUUGUGAAUGCUCCAGCAAAUACUACGGCAUUUCUUCCUAGCCAAUACUCAUAACAUGCGCAUCACUGAUAGAAUGGCCGCUUAACUGCUCAGGUUAAGCACCAAUGUUAAAUACUACCUGUAAAGAGCAAGCAAUUAUUUUGCGCUCUGCCCUCAGAAACUAUGGAAAUUAAAGCAAAGACUUAACCCAUUCUUUUUAUUGUCAUUGCGAUCAUCUUGUUAACAGUCUAGAUAUUGUAUCCUUUAUAUCUACUGUAACAUGACAUAUAUAUACUUUAGGAUCAUAGAUGCAUUUCUCAUGUUAGU